AAGACACCGCCACCUUCUCAAAAGGAAACGUCGCCACCCAACGAUCACCUGCCCCAAGAAAUCCGCCGGUCGAUCGAGCAAUACAUAGCGAUGUGCGGCCGGCAACGGGCUUUCCAUCGAGAUCUUAGUGGCGAUGAGUACGCCUACGAAUGCAUAGCCAAAUGCGGCUAUCGGACCAAUUCUCGGGAUCACUGGAAGCUACAUGAGGAGACCCAUCAACCACAGGAGUUCUAUAUAUGUGGAAUCUGCAAGGAUAAAUCUGGCGAAGAGAAAUAUGUUGUCUUCGGUAGACGUAAAGAGCUGCUGUUCCACAUCCGACAUGAACACCCUGACCAAGAUGCUGAAGGCAUCGUGAAGCAAUCAAAGCAAGACUAUGUUGCCGGUUUCAAGAGAAACUGCGAAUUCUGCGGCGAUCUCUUCAUUACUUGGGAUUCGAGGAACGAGCACAUUCUUGCGCACUUUGAU